CCUCACUUCGCACCCGAACGAAGUUCUGAAGUGUCUGAGGGAAAUUCCAGUCGAUAAACUCGUCUUGGCCACUGCUGAAGCUGGCGCGUCGAACGCUUUUACGUUCCUCCCGACUUAUCACAACGAUUUCCUGCCUAAGGAACCCAGAAAAGCCGUCGACGCUGGUUUUGCCAGCCAAGUUGACCUCAUCAUCGGGACCACGUCGGAUGAGUUGUCAUCUGUCCUCCUUUACCCUCCUGUCAAGGAAUUCCUACAAGAGAGACUGGAUGGCGUCGAGAGCGACAGAAUUAAGGGGUUUUUUAAUGCUGCCAUCGGCGCCUGCUUGAAGUCCCACAUGCCGGGAGAUGAAAAGCAUUACGUGGCCAAGACGAAAGGUGCGAACAACGUUGCACUGACGAGGGCAUACAUGCAGUACAUGUCGGACAGGAUGCUUAACUGUCCUGCCCUAUACGUGGCGCGCAAGCACGCCGCUGUGGGCAACAAUGUGUUCUCUUACGUGUACGACUACACUUACGUGUCAUCUGACUUGCCCUCUUGGAUCGGUGCGCAUCAUGGUGCCGAACUGCCCUUUAUUUUCGGCUUUCCUCUAAUAGACAUUCACGGCGUCGCCGACAAACACAGUGCCAUGAGCGAAGCACUUAUCAAGAUUCUUGCAUCGUUUGCCGAAUCUGGGACUCCCGAGCUUCCCAGGGAAGAUGAGUGGCCCAAGUACUGCGAGGACCGACCAAUCACGGUGGUGCUCGCGCCUGGCAACUAUUCGGACAUACGGGGGUACCGGGGCGGGGAAUGCGAUUACUGGAUGAAGUACCUCUGAGCUGAAGACCGUAUUCACUGCGUCUAUUAAUUGUUGGGGCUCGGGGUAGGGUUUAGGCCAGGAAUCCACCCGGCACAGGUAUAUGUACGUCUGGUCGUAGGAAUGAAGGGAAAACGGUUUAUUUUACAUUAUUUACACUGGUUCCAAAUACGGAAGCCCAUUC